UCUAUUUAUUUUUCAUCUUCUCUCUCUCUCUCUCUCUCUCUCCCACACACACACACUCUUUCUCUACUGUCUCUUCCUCCACAUGGGUAUCUCAAAGAGUCUUGAUUCCACCAUGACUUGAGCAUCAUCUGUCACCAUAAUUGCCCUUAGCUUUUUCUUGAUUCCAGAUGCGUACUUGUCAGCUCCAAAGCAUGCCUACAUCUUUAUACACACACAUGCAGAGAGAUAUAUAGAGAGAGAGAGGGAGAGAUUCGAUAAAGAAUAGUAGCUCAAGAGUCUACUUCUAAAAGUUGAAAGCAUAAGGGUUGGUGAUUUUUUUUUUUUAAGAGCGUGAAAGUGACAAAAUGCUGUCUUUAAGGAUUCCGUUUACGUUUGUUCGGAGAUUUUAGGGAGUGGGUCGAGAACAGAAAUUGAUGAUAGCUCAUGAGAAAGGCGAAAAAUUGAAACUUUCUGGGAAUUCCAAUUCUUGGUUCUUUCUUUCGGUAAGGGCUUCUUGGGCGAGGGAAGAUGAUUUCUUCCGAGACGAAUUUGGUGAUGACAGUGAUUGGGUUUGCAGUGAGUACCAUGUUCAUUGUCUUCGUCUGCACAAGACUAAUCUGUGCACGGAUUCAAUUGAGCUCCACAAGGCGCUCUCUAGCCAGGGGUUCUGGAUCUGACCUUAGCAUUUUAGAACGCGGGCUGCACGGUCUUGAACCUCUAGCUGUGAGCAAAUUCCCGACUAAGAAGUAUAGUGAUGUGUUUUUCACCUCAGCCGAAGACACUCAAUGCACAGUAUGUCUCGGUGAUUACCAGCAAGAAGAUUCGUUGCGCAUCCUGCCAUUCUGCGGGCAUUAUUUUCACGCGACGUGUAUCGACGUGUGGCUGCAGCAGCACUCCACUUGUCCAGUCUGUCGAAUCUCCCUCCGCGAGGUCACCGAGAAAAAGCGGUUUAUGAUGCCACCGCUGUUCAGUUCAGCUGUCCGGUGUCACCAUGCCAUGGCAUCCGUGAAUGUUAAUCCCCACCAGUGCAUUCGUUCGUGGAAUAGGCUCUCGUCAACGCCACCCGACAGAUCAGGGUCGAACAUCGCCUCGGACAAUUGCCACCCGCCUUCGAGUGGUAGAACAGUAGCUGCUGCUGCAGAGUGUGAUUCUGUCUCGGUUCAAGCUACUACUCCGGUGGCUAAAGGCUCGACCAAUAAACAAACCGAGAGCCCAUCAAACAUCUGAAUGGUUAGAACAAUUGCUGGUUUUCUUGUCCUCGCUUUCUGUACAUAUCUCAGGGUGAAUUCAUGUGUAUAAAGUGUUUUUUGUUCUUUUUCUUGACAGUUUUAGCAGUGACUUUUGUAGUUUUGUUAGUUCUGUUGUAAAAUAGCUUUGGGUUAUUCUUCAGCUACCAGCUAUUUUGUGUGCCUCUCAGCACACAUAUUUGAUGCCAA